AUGGAGGGCCUUUUGUCUUCUCUUAAUGAAAAGCAGAAAGAGUCUGUUGUUUUCGACCACACACAAGCUUUGCAAGUCGUUGCCGGACCGGGGACUGGCAAAACGAAGGUUCUUACCACAAGAGUGGCAUUUUUGUUAUUAGAAAAGCAAAUAUCGCCUGGUAGCAUUAUAAUCACUACUUUCACGAAAAAGGCCACCACAGAAAUGUACGAUAGGCUCACGAAAGUGUUAGAAGGUACUAGUAUUAAUCCGAACGCACUAUGGAUCGGUACUUUCCAUUCGAUUUGUGCGCGUAUUUUAAGACAACAUGGCUGGAAGGUAGGUCUGCCUAAAGAUUGGCGAACGUUCUCGGAUAGUGAUACGGAUCCAAUUGUUCAAAAAGUGAUCCAAAACGUUCCGGAUCAAGUACGGGAUUACGCGUAUAGCUAUACGCGGAAAGUGAAUUUACUGAGACCUACAAAUAAGGGAAACUGGGAGAUCCACCCUAAUAUCGUGAAACGAAUGAUUUCAUGGUUGAAAUCGCAAGCCACCCUGGUGGACGAGUACAAAUUACAGGAUGAUCACGACGCGGCGUUACUACAUUUUUACGAAUUGUACCAGGCGGAACUCACGUCACAACAUGCACUUGACUUUGACGAUUUGUUAUUGCACGCUUUCAAAUUGUUGUCGCAACAGCGUUGUCUCCCGCAUAUUCAGCACGUUUUGGUCGAUGAGUUCCAGGAUACAAGCAGUAUUCAGCUGGAUCUGAUGUAUCUUUUCGCUAGAGGCAAUUCGGCGCAAUCAAGGGGAAUCACGGUUGUUGGGGAUCCAGAUCAAAGCAUUUACGCCUUUCGAAAUGCCCUUGCUCGAAAUUUCGAUGACAUGUCUGCCAAGUGUCCACUACCUUGCUCCAAAAUUGUACUGGUCGAGAAUUACAGAUCGUCACAGCGAAUUCUAACUACAAGCGAAAAGCUUAUUCAACAACAACAAACUGGUCGCGAGAACAGACUACCUUUGAGAGCACAAUUCGAUUGUCAAUUCCCCCCUGUUUAUAUUGAAUUUCCGGCAAAAUUCCUAGAAGCAACGGCUUUGGCUCGCGAAAUCGUUUAUUUACGAUCUCUACCCGACUUAUGGACUUAUAAUGAUUUUGCGCUGCUGGUUCGGCACAGAAGACAAAUUGGUCCCAUCGAGAAAGCCCUGAUCGGGCAUCGCAUACCUUAUCGAAUUGUCAAAGGUCGUGCCUUUUGGCAAUUAAAAGAAAUUAAUGGCAUGAUGGACCUUCUGAAAUGUGUUUACUCGGACUACGAGAAAAAUGCAAUGACUAGAGCGUUACAAUAUCCGGCUCGAGGUGCUGGACCGGCCACGAUUACCAAGAUCGAGACGAUAUUCCCAGAAUAUGAAUCACCUUUCGAAGCUUUAGAGGCAAUUCUUAAUGAACCACAGAAAUAUCAGUUCCCAUCUAAGAUAAGAAGCGUUAUCUCAGAUUUCAUCACGUUAAUCAAGGAUUGCAGAACAUUAUGCUUAAACGCUACGGAUUACACUGUAUUGGAAGAAGUUUUUGACAAAUUAUAUGAGGGAUCAGGCCUGCGCUACGAAUAUCUGUUUGUGGAUGGCAAGAAGAAAACCGAGGUUAUUGCUAGUGAUAAGCCAAAUGAAUUGAACAAGAAACAUCUGAAUAUUAAGGUUUUGCGAGAACAUUUGACCACAUUCCAGCCAUCGGAAGAGGAUUUGAAACAUUAUCAUGGCCCAGAGAGCGCUUCUACCGACCCUUCCCAGCCAAUCCUAAAUAUACACGACGUGCUUCGAGAGUUUAUCAAUUCCGUUAACCUGUACUCUACUGAAACGGCAAUCGAUGAGAGUCAAAUGACAGAGAAAGAAUUAAGAGCCAAGAAAGAGAGGGAAAAAGAUGGGUUUGUCACUAUAUCAACAAUACAUGGAGCUAAGGGACUCGAAUGGCCGGUGGUGAUGAUUCCCGGGUGUGUGGAGGGCGUGAUACCAUGCAUAUUUGGCGGUCGAGAUGAUGCAGAUGGGUCUGAAAGCGAUUCUGAUGACUCCGAAGCCAUUAAACCCACUACCAAUAGUCCCAAAAAAAGCAAAAUGAAGAAAAACGAUACUUCUGUUGAUGAAGAGAGACGCAUGUUUUUUGUUGCACAAACAAGAGCGAAAUUCUUGCUUUACUUGACCGCCACGAAUUCAAGCGACGCCGAAUCGCGGUAUGAUGCAUCUGUACCGAGUCGCUUCUUCACCACAGAUUUAGUAAGUACCAUGUGUGAAGACCAAAAAGCCUUUUCGAGUGUGGACGCGAUAAACGAGCUUUAUCGUUGUAUGAACAAGAUUCCUCCCACGAAGGAAAGUUUCUCAUUCAAAACGCUUGUGAGCGAUUACAAACGCUUUUUCGAAGAACACCGAGAGAGAUUCAUUUGGAAAGGCACAACAGUCUAUGACACAACUCGCCUCAAGUUUUCGGAAAAUACUGAUUGCGGACCCGCAAAAUUUGGCAUUACAACUGCGUCAGCUCAAUUGAGAUCAAUUUCACCACAGCGCAAUACGACUAGGCUGGUGACUGCGCCUUCAUUUUCUCGCCAAAAUUCUGCAGACGUUGCCCGUGCUGUAAACGAAGGAUCAAAAAGCGCGGCGCCUGUAUAUCGUCCAUCCAGAAUGACUUCCAACUGCAUUCGUUCAACUUCAAGAGUGUUUGCACCUAAGACAAUGCCCUCCGCAAGCUCUAGUUUGACGGGUAAGACUUUUGCGCCUAACAAACCAAAAAUUAAUGUCAAGAGAGAGUAUUCUAGCUCGAAUAACGCAAUUGCUAAGGCACCCAAAUCUUUUAUUACUAACACAAGUGAAACAAAAGUAGAAUCAACUAGUCCUCGCAGGCGACAACAAUCAAGAGCGAGAAGAACUAUUGUUGCGGAUUCUAUAAAUUUGCAAGACGAAGAAUUUGAGGACUGCGAUUCGUUUUCGGAUACCGAGCCGACGGAAACUCAAAGCUUCAAAACUGAAGACUCAAAGAAUAUAAUGGAUAAGACCGCUGCUGAGCUUCUGCAUGAUCCGAGAAACUUGACUAAUGAUAACAGGCCAAUCUUGACAAACGCAAGGACGUUAGCCGAAUCCAUUCGAAGCUCUUCGCAAAGACGGUCUCCUGGAAUUCAGGCCAAUACAAAGAAAAAGCCUAAACUCGACGCUUCUGAGGGAUUUGAUAUUAUGUCGAGGCUAAGCAAGGCGAAAAGAAGGGCUGACGAUGCUAAGGAUACAGUUAUUGUCAUUGAUUGA